AAAGAGAUGGGGAAACGUACUUCUUGGCGUUACCUAUAGCCCAACUCUUCCCAAUAUCCGGCGGGAAAGUGGACGAAUUUUCCCAUUCUUUCCUACUCACUCCCCCUUAACAGUACCUCAAUACUUUCUCGGGAAAAUUAAACCCCGAGAAACAAACAGAAGAAAACGAUUUUUUUUUUCUCUCACCAUGACAAAAUCUUACGAUCCCCGUACCCAAACCUACUCCUCUCCAAGACCGCGAGUUCAUCUCCCUACAAACCCCGACCUUUCCCUUACCUCUUUCCUCUUCCACUCCACUCUUUCUUCCUCUUGCACCGCUGCUCUUAUCGACGCUGACUCCGGCGACACUCUAACCUUCGAGCAGCUCAGGAUCCAAGUGUCCAAGCUGGCUCACGUCUUGCUCGAGCUUAACAUAGUUAAAAACGAUGUCGUUCUUAUUUUGGCCCCGAAUUCUAUCCAUUUCCCCGUUUGCUUCCUCGCAAUCGUCUCCACCGGUGCUAUCGCUUCCACCUGUAACCCGGGGUAUACUACAGCUGAGAUCUCUAAGCAAGUCAAAGACUGUAAUCCGAAGCUCAUAAUUACCAUCCCUCAACUUCUCCACAAAGUAAAACCGUUCAAUUUGUCAUUAAUUCUAUUAAAUUCUCCAAAUUCCGAUGGUUUAGUAUCAAACUCUAAGAUUUGGAAUUAUUCAGAUUUAAUAAAAUUAUCCGGCGAAGUUUCCGAUUUACCGGUGAAUGAUGUGAAACAAAACGACGUCGCUGCUCUUUUCUACUCUUCCGGCACCACAGGCACGAGCAAGGGAGUGAUAUUGACUCACAGGAACUUCAUUGCCACAUCGGUUAUGGUGACGGCUGAUCAAGAUAGAUACAUGGAACCGGAAAACGUGUUCUUGUGUUUCCUGCCGAUGUUUCACAUAUUUGGAUUUGCGGUAACUACUUACUCGCAGCUUAGGAGAGGGAAUGCUGUGGUUUCGAUGGAGAAGUUCGAGCUGGAUAAGAUGUUAAGGAGUAUCGAGAGGUAUAGAGUUACGCAUUUGUACGUGGUGCCGCCAGUGAUGAUUGCCUUGGCGAAGCAGAACGCUGUGAAGAAAUUUGAUUUGUCGUCAUUGAAGCUCAUUGGAUCAGGGGCGGCGCCAAUGGGGAAAGACGUGAUGGAGGAGUGCGCGAAGAAUCUACCUCAUGUCGAUAUUAUCCAGGGAUAUGGCAUGACAGAAACUUGUGGAAUUAUUUCAAUAGAGAAUCCAAGGGAAGGAACUCGGCUCUCCGGUUCAACUGGGGUACUUGUUCCUGGUGUUGAAUCCCAAAUAGUUAGUGUAGAAACGUCAAAGCCUCUUCCACCUAAUGAACUGGGAGAAAUAUGUCUUCGAGGAGCAAAUAUGAUGCAAGGUUAUUUUAACAAUCUGCAAGCUACAAAGCUGACAAUAGAUGGGCAAGGUUGGGUACACACUGGAGAUCUUGGAUAUUUUAAUGAAGAAGGACAAUUAUUUGUUGUGGACCGUAUUAAAGAGCUUAUCAAGUGUAAUGGCUUUCAGGUCGCACCAGCGGAGCUUGAGGGUUUACUGCUUUCUCAUCCUGAAAUAAUAGAUGCUGUUGUCAUCCCAUUCCCUGAUUCUAAAGCUGGGGAGGUCCCAAUUGCAUAUGUUGUUUGCUCCCCUAACAGCUCCCUUACUGAAGAAGAUAUUCAGAAAUAUAUAGCAGAUCAGGUUGCACCAUUCAAACAAUUACGUAGAGUGACAUUUAUAAACAGUGUCCCAAAGUCAGCUUCAGGAAAAAUUUUGAGAAGAGAAAUGAUCGACAAAGUUCGAUCCAAGAUAUAAGAUACCAAGGUUAUGACACAAAAAUAAAAAGGUUACAUACUUCUAUAUCCCACACUUUUUUUUUUCUUUCUUUAACAAAAACUUUCAAAAAAAAAAAGAAGCAAUUGUUGUUGUUAUAAUUGGCCCAAAUAACUUGGGCCUUCUUACCCUUGUCAAUUAUUUUAUGCACAUGUAAUCUCAACUUAAACAAAUUACUUGAAGUUACUGUGGAAAUUUGUUUUAAUCCUCAUGUUGAUAGUCA